GUGAAGUGAAAUGCGCUGGUCUUCUUACGAAUGCUUCAAUCACUGGAACAAAAGGCACAUUGCAGGACUACUUUGUCAUACAAAGUUUGAAUCUUGAAAGCCGGACUACAAACGUGGAUAGCCAGGGAGAAACACACGCAAGCCUACGACGUGGGAAGGACAUUUUAGCAGUACCUCUAUCCUGAUAUAAAUGAAGACAAGCUUAUCACCACUAGAACAUACUCCACAAUGGCUAUCCAUAUACCGGGUCUGAUAAUGAUGGUCAUCUUCUACCUGCUUGUGUUGGGAACUGGCAUCUGGGCAUCUGUAAAAUCGAAGAAGAUGGAGAAAAACACACUCAAUGGAUGGAUUGAAGUGUCUUUUUUGGCUAACCGCAGGGUCAAUUUGGUAGUGGGAGUCUUCACAAUGACGGCCACCUGGGUCGGAGGUGCUUUUAUCAUUGGAUUGGCAGAGACAGUUUAUGACCCCACAAAGGGACUAAUCUGGGCUCUUAUUCCUCUGCAAAUGUCAAUUUCAUUUAUUAUUGGCGGACUGUUCUUUGCAAAGCCAAUGCGGGACCAAAACUACAUCACGAUGAUGGAUCCAUUUCAGAGAAAGUAUGGGAAGACACUGACGGGGCUUCUUGCCAUUGUUCCAUUCAUCGGUGAACUGAUGUGGGUUCCUGUCACACUGAUUUCUCUGGGGGUCACUGUUAGUGUCUUUGCCGAUCUGCCCUUAAGUCUUUGCGUCUGGAUCUCUGCUGCUGUUGCGAUCACCUACACUGUUCUUGGAGGUAUCUAUUCCGUUGCUUUCACUGAUGUCAUCCAGCUAUCAUUGGUGUUUUGUAGCUUGUGGCUCUGUGCUCCCUUUGUGUUGGUCAGUGACGUUUAUACUGACAUCACUCAAACAGCAUUCAACCGUACAUAUCAGGCCCCCUGGCUUGGCCAUCUUGAGUCUGAUGAAGUGUGGAGAUGGAUUGAUAAUUUCCUAGCAUUGAGUGUUGGCAACUUGGCAUUUCAAGACUUCCAUCAAAGAACUCUGUCUUCCAACUCCACAUCUACAGCCAGAAUGAUCUGCUUUAUAGCUGCAGGGCUCGUCCUUGUUCUUGGAAUUCCACCAGUGCUGAUUGGUGCUGUCGCCGCCUCAACAGACUGGAAUUUGACCUCAUAUGGUUCUCCUUCUCCAUAUGAGCGAGGGGAAGCAGCUAUGGUAUUGCCCAUCAUCCUUCUGCAUCUUACUCCUACUGCCAUUUUUAUUGUUGGCAUGGGAGCUAUUGCUGGUGCUGCAAUGUCAUCUACUGACUCUUGCCUCCUGGCAGCAACCUCCAUCUUCACCACCAACAUUUACAAGAUCAUUCGACAUCAAGCAUCAGAUAAAGAGCUUCAGUGGGUGAUUCGCUUCUCCAUAGUAGUUGUAGGGAUUGUGGGAACAUCUCUGACCUACCUGGACAGCAGCAUCUUAGCAUUCUGGAUCCUGAGCUCAGACUUGACUUACACCAUAAUGCUCCCACAACUGAUCUGUGUCCUCUUCGUCAGGGUGUCCAAUGGCUAUGGGGCUGUUGCAGGCUAUGUUGUUGCUUUUGUGAUGAGAGUUUUGUGUGGAGAGCCCAUGUUCAAUCUUCCUGUGAUCCUGCAAUUCCCAGGUUGCACUUUAGAGGAUGGUGUUUACAUUCAGCGCUCUCCCAUCAAGACCAUUUGCAUGCUGUCUGCUCUGGUUUCCAUUCUCAUGGUUUCAUAUGUGGCCUCACUCCUGUUUAACAAGGGGAUCCUUCCCAAGAGGUGGGACAUGUUUGAGGUGAAAUCCCAGGGAGCACCAGCAGAUGGUGCCAGAGAAGGUGAAGGUGAAAAGGUUGAUGAACCAAUGCUUGAAACAGCUUGCUAAUUCAGCUUCUGUUGAAUUUAUGUUUGAUUUCAUUUUUGUAACAUGGUUGUUGGUGCCAAUGAUGUUCCAGGGCUUCUGUGGGGACACAUUGCUACUCAUCCAACCUUUGUAUGCAGGGCCCAUGGGGGUAGUAAACGAGCUGAAAAAUGGGCCCUAAAUGGGAUUGUCCAAGGGUUCCAUAAUGGAACCAUGCCAAUUGCCUAGAUGGGUGGGUUUACUCAAGUGGGCCAAAGAUAAGAUGCCCAUUUUGGGCCCAUACCCACUUGGUGCUCACUACCUGUAGCAUAACCCAUGUUAAACCCACCCCUGUGGGCAACUGGUAUUGGGCCAUUAUGGAACCCAUGGACAAUCCCACAUAGGGCCCAUUUUUUAAGUAUGGGGUCCACAUACAAAUGUUGACCGGGUUGCCAAAGAAUCUGAAGAACUUAUAGAAACAAGUUACUCUUCAAAGACUGGUGUCUUUUACUCUAUUUCUAUCCCUUCAGCACCUCUGCUUCCACACACGAUUAACAAUGACACACAUAAUAUAAGCAUAAUGAUUCUGAUACACAUCAGUAAUGCCAGUGCAUUUGAUUUGCAAAUUAUUUUUAUUGUAUGUUUUCAAUGAAAUACAAAAAUGUCAGAUUUCUUCACUUGUUUUUAAGAAACAUUGCAGUGUCACAAAAUGUGCCUUAAUCAUGAAAUAGAACACCCAUGUUUGCAAAAUACUGCAUAAAAAGAUGAAGAGCAAUCCAAAUGUUUCCUUGUUUUAUUUUGUCCUUUAUGAAUAUAAUUUCACAAAUAAUGUCCUAUUUUUAUUCCCCGUGUGGCUUGAAGAAAGGUAUUCGCACAUUUAACCAUCUGAGAUGCAGGUGCAUUGAAAAAUAUCACCUGAAUCUUUGAACAGAAAAUCCUGCACACUGCUCUUGCUUAGCUUCACAACUCAUGAGUAACACUAAAGUUUCGGUCAUCCUGGACCUUUGUCAAGAGUGUUCAACACCA